AGUUAAUCGCUUAAAAAAUUACAAAUAAUAAUUAAUAAUUUUGAAUACUAUUUUACACAGGCAUGUUACAAGCGCGCUUAAAUGUAACUGUGUAUACGCGUGUGACGUCAUCUUAAUGUAACAACUCUACUGACUCUACUGUCCCGACCCAGACAAACUAAAAAUAAUAAUUAUAAUAAGUGCAUAUUUGUUUUAUCUUUUGUAUGUACUACACGCUAUAAUAUGUCACAAUUUUUUUUUAGAAAAUUUUCCGUAGCUAAAUUUUCUUGUUGUUAUUUGUGUAAUUGACGCCCAUCAUUUCAGUGAAUAGAUUAAGUUAUUUUCUAUGAUUAAUUGUUAUUAUUAUUUUAGUUAAAAUGUAUUGGGAAAACCGCAAUAAAUAAUAUCACGACAGCGUGUUGGAUUUAAAUUGUUAAAAUUCAUUGUAACUGAAGUGUUUAAAUUUUUAAGUUAUUGAAAAAUGUUCAAUAUACAUGAAAAACAUCCUCUCAAGUGACUUCUAUAAUAAGUACCUAUUAUGAAAUAUGUUAAACGUUUAUGAAUUUUUUUUUUUUCAUAAUGUUCUGCGAUGACUGAGUAAAAAAAAUGAAAAGUAAAAUGCCACCAUUUAGGCGUAAAAAAUCAGGAAAGUCUUUUCCUAUUAAAGUUUGCACUCUAGAUGCAGAAUUAGAAUUUAAUUUGGAGUGGAGAGCUACGGGGAGAGAUCUAUUUGAUCUAGUUUGCAGAACAAUAGGAUUAAGAGAAACAUGGUACUUUGGUCUUCAAUAUGAAGAUGCUAAAGGGUUCAUAUCAUGGCUUAAAUUAGAUAAAAAAGUGCAGGAUCAAGGAAUUUCUCAGCAACCAACCACACCUUUUAUGUUCCUUGCUAAAUUUUAUCCAGAAGACGUCGCUGAAGAAUUAGUUCAAGAAGUAACGCAACAUCUUUUUUUUCUUCAAGUUAAGCAAGCCAUUUUGUCAAUGGACAUUUAUUGUCCACCAGAAGCUUCAGUUUUAUUAGCAUCUUAUGCCGUACAAGCAAAGUAUGGAGAUUACGAUGAAGUUUCCUGUAGACCAGGAAUGUUAACUAGUGAACAUUUACUUCCCCAAAGGGUAAUUGAUCAAUAUCAAAUGACAUCAGAAAUGUGGGAGGAUCGUAUUAAAAUUUGGUACGCGGAUCAUCGAGGAAUGUCUCGUGAUGAAGCGGAAAUGGAGUAUUUAAAAAUAGCACAAGAUCUUGAUAUGUAUGGCGUCAAUUACUUUCCGAUAAAUAACAAAAAAGAAACAAAUUUAUGGCUUGGUGUAACAGCACUUGGAUUGAAUAUUUAUGAAAAAGAAAAUAAAUUAACUCCAAAAACUACAUUCACUUGGUCUGAAAUACGUCAUAUAAGCUUUGAUGAUAAAAAAUUUGUAAUCAAACCAGUAGAAAAGUCAUCACCAAAUUUUGUGUUUUUUUCUUUAAAAGUUCGCAUGAACAAACUGAUUCUCGAUCUAUGCAUUGGAAAUCAUGACUUGUUUAUGAGAAGGCGUAAACCCGAUUCGAUGGAAGUUCAGCAAAUGAAAGCUCAAGCCAAAGAAGAAAGAUCUAGGCGACAGAUAGAAAGGAAUAAAUUGGCAAAAGAAAAACAAUUACGUGAAGCUGCUGAAAAAGAAAAAGCUGCCAUGGAACAACGGUUACUUCAAUAUCAAGAAGAAAUUCGUCUAGCAAAUGAAGCUUUGAGAAGGUCCGAAGAAACAGCAGAUUUACUAGCAGAAAAAAGCCGAGUAGCUGAAGAAGAAGCUAUGCUAUUAAGUCAGAAAGCGUCUGAAGCUGAACAAGAAAUUACUCGGAUUCGGCUAAAUAAUAUGAAAACUGAAGAAGAAAAAGUUCAUUUAGAACGAAAAACAAGAGAAGCAGAAUUACUAACAGAAAGGUUGGUUCAAGAGUCUGAAAGAAGAGCUGCAGAAGCUGAGAAACUAAAGGAUGAAUUACUUCGAGCACGCAUAGCUGAAAAAGAAGCUAAAGAAAAGCUUUUAGAGUUUUUAAGUAGAAACGCUUAUACAGCCACUAUAACACCUGUACCAAAUAUAUUUCCAUCAACACAAGUUUUACCGUCCGAUUUACAAGCAGAUCUUCAAACUUUGCAGUUAGAUACAGAUCCACUUCCUACAGAAUUAACAUCGUAUGAUCUCAUAACUGACGGAGAUGUUGAUCAACUCUCGUUAGAAAUAGAAAAGGAAAGAGUUGAUUACUGGGAAAAAAGCAAACAUUUGCAAGAACAGUUGCGUGAAUUACGUUCUGAAAUAGAAGUAAUGAAAGUUGGGGAAAAACAAUGUGAUUUAGACCAACUCCAUGACGAACAAGUUAGACUUGGUGAAAAUAAAUACAGUACUCUUAAAAAAGUUAAGUCAGGCUCUACGAAAGCCAGAGUUGCCUUUUUCGAAGAACUUUAGGUAAUAGA